GGCACUGGAGGGACUGUAGCCGUGCAGUGUCGGUGGGGGGAGGGUGUGUGUGUCUGGAGUGCCCAGUGGCCAAGAGCCAAUCAAGGCUUGCGGGCAGGUCGAGGGGCCAGGCGAGGCGAUGCAAUGCCAAUCUUGUCCAGCUGGUACUUUUUCGGACGGCUAUGACUCUGAUCAAUGCCGCCCACAUUCCUCCUGCGGGGUCCUCAAUAAAAAGGUUGUGACCUCUGGUACAUCACACUCUGAUGCAGUCUGCGGAGACUGUCUGUCUGGGUUCCACCCCACUGCUAUGAGGACAGCCUCCACCCUGGCCUGUGUGACAGCCCCCCCUGCCCAAUCUACCCACGUGCGUGUGGUGCGUACGGUGGGUAAGGGUGCGACGGGCAGUGGCGGCCUGCCGGUGAACGGUACGGCAGUGCGAAGCCCGGAGGAGAAGAGUACAGAGUAUGCAGUGUUCGCCCUGGUGCCAAUCUUCUGUGUGAUGGGGCUCCUGGGGAUCCUCAUCUGUAACAUCCUCAAGAAGAAAGGAUACAACUGCACUGCUGAGAAGGAGGGAGGAGACGAGGAGAAUGCCACACCACAGAAAGAGGUGUCUCAGUCUCCCUCCUUGCUUCUGGUGUUGCUUGUUUUGUCUCAGUCCUACACAUCCUCCUUGUCUGGUUGCUAG